GACGUCCUCUGGAGACGGGAGCGGAGUCGGAACGAGACUGUCUAGGACCGUCGGAACAAGCCCUGACCACCACCGGCCCGAGUCAGAGGGCGAGCUGGAUUCUCUGCCCAUAGCUAAAGUUUUAUAAUAUCGACUUUUUUUGUGUUUUAAAGUUGUUUGUCAUUUUAGUAAGUAGUGCUUUUGAAGCUGAGCUACAGAAGUGUAACGCCGAGUUUACAUGGCCUGUUGAUUAUAGCGAGAUCGCAAGGGAACGGAACGGGCAAGCAACAAAGACGCGCUGGACCAAACCGAUUCCGUUUUACCGAACCUUGGAUUGGAACAAUAACGGACAGAGGAUACAUUUGUUUCUGUUUAUGGUGUGCUGAAUAGACUGUUAUUCUACCGCCAGUGAACACGUGUCAGGAUGGAUCCUAAGCUCCUUCUGUUGGCCCUGCUGGGAGUGUUUUCUCUGAGUCAAGCUCAACUCGAGGAGAAUGAGUGCAUCAAAGCCAACGCUAAGUCCUGUGGAGCCUGUAUCCAGGUUGGAGAGAAAUGUGGCUGGUGCACGGACCCUGACUUCCUGAAAGAGGGUGAGUCGACGUCAGCACGUUGUGACGAGGUGGAGUCCCUGGUCAAGAGGAAGUGUGCUGCAGCCAGCAUCGAGAACCCCCGCGGAUCUCUGCAGGUCACACAGAACAAGAACGUGACCAACCGCAAGGACAAGGACAAGGCAGAGAAGCUGAAACCUGACGAGAUCACCCAGAUCCAGCCGCAGAAACUCAGCCUCAAUCUGAGAUCAGGAGAGGCUCAGCAGUUCACCCUGAAGUUCAAGCGGGCUGAGGACUACCCUAUCGACCUGUACUAUUUGAUGGACCUCAGUUGGUCCAUGAAGGACGAUCUGGAGAACGUCAAGAACCUUGGAACCGACCUGCGGCGUAGAAUGCAGGACAUCACCUCCGACUUCAGGAUUGGUUUUGGUUCGUUUGUGGAGAAGACGGUGAUGCCGUACAUCAGCACGACGCCUGCUAAGCUGCUGAACCCGUGCAGCACGGAUCAGAACUGCACCAGCCCCUUCAGCUACAAGAACGUGCUGAAGCUGACCAACGAAGGGGAGCGCUUCAACCAGCUGGUCAGCCAGCAGCAGAUCUCCGGGAACCUGGACUCCCCCGAGGGAGGCUUCGACGCCAUCAUGCAGGUGGCCGUGUGCGGGGACCAGAUUGGCUGGCGGAACGUGACGCGGUUGCUGGUGUUCUCCACGGACGCUGGGUUCCACUUCGCCGGUGACGGCAAGCUGGGCGGCAUCGUCCUGCCCAAUGACGGGAAAUGCCACCUGGAGAACAACAUGUACACCAUGAGCCACUACUAUGACUAUCCCUCCAUCGCCCACCUGGUGCAGAAGCUGAGUGAGAACAACAUCCAGACCAUCUUCGCUGUGACCAAUGAGUUCCAGCCUGUCUACAAGGAGUUGCAGAACCUCAUCCCCAAAUCUGCAGUGGGAACACUCUCUUCUAACUCCAGCAAUGUCAUCAACCUCAUCAUUGACGCCUACAACUCUCUGUCGUCUGAGGUGAUCCUGGAGAACAAUAAGCUUCCUGAGGGCGUGUCCAUCUCCUACGUCUCCCACUGCAAGAAUGGAGUGAGUCGCACAGGGGAAGAUGGACGCAAGUGCUCCAACAUCUCCAUCGGAGACGAGGUGACGUUUGAUGUGGCCAUCACGUUCACGGGUUGCAAACCCAAUGAAAAGGGUGCGUUGGAGAAGAAACCGGAGACGGUGAGGAUCAAGAUGCAGGGCUUCACUGAGGAGGUGGAGGUGCAGCUCAAGUUCAUCUGCGAGUGUGACUGCCACAAGGCCGGCAUCAACAACAGCCAGAUCUGCCACUUUGGGAACGGCACCUUCGAGUGUGGGGCUUGCCGCUGUAAUGAGGGGCGCAUUGGUCAGAAGUGUGAGUGCAGCACAGACGAGGUGCGGACGGAAGACCUGGACGCCAGCUGCCGCAUGGAGAACGGCACGGACAUCUGCAGCAACAACGGCGACUGUGUGUGCGGCACGUGCGAGUGCAAGAAGAGGGAGAACCCUGAGGAGCGCUACAGCGGCAAAUACUGCGAGUGUGACAACUUCAACUGUGACCGCUCCAACAACAAGCUCUGCGGAGGCCACGGGCGCUGUGAAUGCCGCCAGUGCAUCUGUGAUGCUAACUACACGGGCAGCGCUUGCGACUGCUCUCUGGACACCUCCACCUGUCUGGCCAAGAACAAGCAGAUCUGUAACGGCCGCGGUACCUGUGAGUGUGGAGUGUGUAAGUGCACUGACCUCAAGUUCCAAGGAGCCACUUGUGAAGUGUGCCCCACCUGUCCGGGCGUGUGUACAGAGCACAAGGAGUGUGUGCAGUGCCGUGCCUUCGGUACAGGUGAGAAGAAGGAGACGUGUGAGCGUGACUGCAUGUAUUUCCACCUGGAGAUGGUGAAGAGCCGUGAUGAUCUCCCACAGCCUGGGUCAGUGCCCUUCAUCUCCCACUGCAAAGAGCGCGAUGCCAACGACUGCUGGUUCUACUACACCUAUGCCGUCAAGAACGACACCAGCAAGAUCGUCCAUGUGGUGGAGACUGCGGAGUGCCCUGACGGUCCUGACAUCAUCCCCAUCGUGGCGGGCGUUGUGGCUGGAAUCGUUCUGAUUGGCCUGGCCCUGCUUCUGAUCUGGAAGCUGCUGACUAUCAUCCACGACCGCCGUGAGUUCGCCAAGUUCGAGAAGGAGAAGAUGAACGCCAAGUGGGACACGGGCGAGAAUCCCAUCUACAAGAGCGCCGUGACAACCGUCGUCAACCCCAAGUACGAGGGCAAAUGAUCAGGCCUCUGCCUCCUCUGUCUCCAGGACAACACUGUAUGCAAAUUAUUCUGCGGGUUGAGGGUGGGGUUUUGAAGUGGGAGGGAUCAGAGUGUUAGUACAUCACUUCCUUUUUUUCGUUGGAUCACCGAAAUGCUUCUUUGUGCAUUUUUGCCACUACUUUUGAGUAUUUGUUUUACUAACUCCUUGUGUUCUUAUUUUUUACGCUGCAACAGAACAUGUACAGUUUGUAUAAACUUGGUUUUAUCCGUAUUUUUUUAAACCGUGGAAUUUCAGAGAAUGUUUUAAUGGAAAUGUUUUUUUUAAGGAUUCAUUUCAGCCGCAGGACUGGCGCGUUUAGAGACGGUCAGAGGCGGAACAUGAGGCAGGAUGGGAUUAGGAUUGGUUGGAGGAAUUCUGGGAUAGGAUGAGGUAGUCUGGGAUUGGUUGAAGGGAUUUGUGGAUUGGUUGGAGUAGUCUGAGAUUGGUUGGAGGAAUUGUGGGUUUGGUUGUAGUCUUUGCGGUGAGCUGCCCUCUGCUAUUUGAUGCACUCAUAUCUAUCUAUGCCUUCCAGUCUGGGACUCUCCCAGACUGUAGUGAUUUAGAUGAGUCCAUAGUGUAGAGAAGACAGAGCCAUACUUCACCCUGCAGGAAAGCUCCUAGCCUUCCCGUCUGCGGGUCAAUGCCCUCUUAUGGAUAUUUCACUGAUGUUUAGCUGGUCAAUGCCCUCUUAUGGAUAUUUCACUGAUGUUUAGCUGGCCAAUGCCUUCUGAUGUGUAUUUCUUGUUUAGCUGGUCUGGGUUGGGUGGACACCUGCAGUAUGGCCUGUCUGAAAUGAUUCAGCCUAUAGACGCCGUGCUUCACAUCUGCUCAGUGAGAUGUUGGUACAGUGGACACGUUUGUAGUUUCAACAGCCGCCAUUAAUGUAGACUCCCAUUUAUGUUUCACUAUAGAUGUACAUCAACAUCCCUUGGUGCUGUAUGCUGUCAUAGCCCAUGCUAGCCUUGGUGCUGUAUGCUAUGCUAGCCCCGUGUGCUGUGUCGUAGCCCAUGCUAGCCUUGGUGCUGUAUGCUGUCUAUCAAUCAAGGACCUGCCCUGUCAUAGCCAGGGUGAUUCCUGAAGAGUGCAGUGCACCAUGGCAUUGACUACCCACACCCAUUAUAGAUAUGGUGAGGUGGGUAGGUCUCAAGAUGUCCGCCCCAGACACCCAGACUGAAAUCUAUAGUGUGUAAAUCCUUGCCCCAGAUUGAAAUGUGUAAAUCCCUGUCCGAGAUGGUGUGUACAUCCUGGCCCCAGAUUGAAAUGUUUAUUCUAUGCAUCCCUGCCCCAGGCCACCAAAUUAAAAAUCUAUACUGUGUAAAUGUGUGUGGACCUUCAGGAGAGCAGUCUGUGAUCAGUAGAAUUGCAGCUCAUCACCGCUGUGCUGCAGGACAGUGACUUGUGUCGUGCUGGCUAUCAUUAGUCAGCCAGACUUCAGCCGGAUCUGAUCCAGAACUUUUCAGCUGGUGGCUGAUGAUGGCUCCACACUGUGCAAUGCGUAGCGCGUAGAUCUCUGGGUCUCGUUCAUGAAUCGGACUGCUGUGUGCUGCAUGGAGUUCUGAUCCGCUUCAGCAGGAGGGGGCUCUGCAGCAGGUACACCUGGACACAGGUGUGUGCCGUGGAGAGGAACUGUCCACAGUCACAGGGCCACACCGGGGCCGUGUGUUUAAACUACAGCAUAUACUCAGGUCCCAGCCUCCACCUCGCUAGCGUUAAAGCCAAAUAUAGUAGCCGCAAGUGCUCAUGAACACCAUCUAUGUUGUUCAAUGUGUAGGUAGGAACUGGUCUGUCUGUCUGUCUGUCUGUCUGUUUGUCUGUCUGUCUGUCUGUCUAUGUAUCUGUUAAUGGAUUCACUAUGCUUGCUUGUCCUCAAUAUUUUCCAUGACGUUUUAUUUUAUGAUUUUGUUAUCUUGUAAUUCUCCCUUUUUGAACACGUGCCAUGGUCAGAUAGCGUGAUCAGUUAUCACAUUUCAUCAACUGAUGUUGAGAUCAGUGGUUUUUCAAAUCGCCUAAUUCAGUGUUAUAUGAUCAAACUCCAAACACACUCACAUGCUCCUGCACACGCAUGCACAGACACACACACACACACACACACACACACACACACACACACACACACACACACAAACAGACUCUCACAUAUUCAUGCACAUGUCCACGCAUUACAAUCCUGUGUUUUUUAAGUGCCUUUUUUGACAAAAAAAAAACUUCAAGUUCACAUUUGCAAUCCUUUUGUUUUCUGAAGUUAUUUAUUAAAGUAAAGACCCAAA